UGCCUGGGAAGCCCAUUCAUCUGUGCACUUGGGCGUUGGACUCCGCAUCUUAUUAGCGACCAGGGAGAUUUCUCCAUUUUCCCCUUGUCUACAGUACGGCUACAAAUCUGGGAUUUUUUUUUUUUAUUACUUCUUUUUUUUUGUACUAAACUUGGGCUUCUGAGAUUUUUGCUCGACUAUUUUCCUGCCUUUUUAUCCCCCUUUCUUCCUCUGCUGCUGUCUUUUUUUGACCUCUCCAGCUUUAUUAAAAAAAAGGAGUGCAUAUAUUUAAACAUAUUCGGCUCUCUUCUCUUUUUCCCCCCUCCUCCCCCACUGGGGUGUGUGUGUGUGCGCGCGCGCGCGCGUUUGUGUGUGUGUGUGUAUCGCUGCUCUUCAGGCUGCUGGUCGCCCAGCAUUUAUACGAACGAACCUACUGUUCUUUGUUUGCCUUCUUUUGGAUCUGCCGAGUUUCUUUGUUGACUAAACCAGCAUGGGUGCCCAGUUCUCUAAGAACGCUGCAAAAGGCGAAACUACUGCUGCUGAAAAACCCGGAGAAGCGGUAGCUGCAUCUCCUUCCAAGGCGACUGGACAGGAGAACGGCCAUGUGAAGGUGAACGGCGAUGCCUCCCCGGCAGCUGCAGAGGCUGUCAAGGAGGAAGUCCAAGCAAACGGCAGUGCGCCAGCGGAGGAGUCAGUCAAGGAAGAGCAGAGCCCAUCCGAGGCUGCUUCCGAAAAGGAGACCGCCGAAGCGGAGAGCACAGAGCCCGCCUCGCCUGUUGAAGGGGAGUCCUCCUCCAAGGCUGAGGAGGGAACAACCCCAUCUUCCAGUAAUGAGACCCCGAAAAAAAAAAAGAAGCGCUUUUCCUUCAAAAAGUCUUUUAAGCUAAGUGGCUUUUCUUUUAAAAAGAACAAAAAGGAGUCUGGGGAAGGAGCAGAGAACGAAGGUGCGGCCGCUUCAGAAGGCGGGAAAGCUGACACGGCGGCAGCAGCUGACGCGGAGCCUGUGGGCAGUGAGGAGGCCAAGUCUUCCCAGGAGGCGUCGCCUUCAGCCCCGGCCGCUGGUGGCAGCACGGAGGACGCCAAAGAGGAGACUGGGGGCUCCCAGGAAGCCCAGCUGGAAGAGACUGCCCCGGAGAAGCCUGCAGGAGAAGAAGCCAAGGCUGCUGAAGAGCAGAAGCCGGAGGAGAAACCGGAAGAGGCGCCAGCGGCUCAGGUCCCAAGUGCUACCACCGAAGCCACCUCAACUGAGCCAGAGGCAGCCAAAGCAGAGGAGCCGGCGGCGGCGGCAGCAGCAGCUCCUUCACAGGAAGCUGCCUCUGAGUCUAGUCCAGAAGCUCCACCCACCGAAUCGGCAGAGUAAAACAAGGCAGUGAAAAGAAUGGCGAUUUUGAGAUGAUUGAACUUUUCUUCCCCCCUGUUUGUUUGUUUGGAGUGGUGCCAGGUACUGGUUUUGGAGAACUUGUCUACAACCAGGGAUUGAUUUAAAAGAUGUCUCUCUCUCUCUUUCUCUCUCUCUCUCUCUCUUUUUUUCUUUCUACCCACAGAUCCCAUCUAAAUCAUUCUGUUACCACCAUUCCAACUCUGGUAGAGGAGAGACUAAAUUGCCCUCCCUUUGCCUUGCUCCUCUUUUUUUACAUCAGUAUUAAUGUUUAUUGCAUACUUCACAUCUUUAUUCAAAAUGUAAACUUUUUAUUUUUUAUUUUUUUUUAUUUGUCAGUCUAUGGACAUGCCCAUAUAUGAAGGAGAUGGAGGAGUCAAUAAGGGAUAGCAAAUGAAGUGAUAGGGGUCACAAUGGGGAAUUAGUGGUGCAGAUAAUUUGCCAAGAAAAUGUGCCACAGGAAAUAAGGGGUUUAGUCUUUUUUUAAAAAAAGAAAGUUAUUACAAUGUAUUUUGUGAGGCAGAUGUUCUAUAAGGUUUACAACACUACAAGUCUUGAUUAAGAAAGAAAAAAAAAUCCAAUACUCAGAUUAAAAAAAAAAUCAUAGUCUUAGGAAAUUCAUUUAAACCAUAGGAACUUUCACUUAUCUCAUGUUAGCUGUACCAGUCAGUGAUUAAGUAGAAAUACAAGUUGUAUAGGCUUUAUUGUUUAUUGCUGGUUUAUGACCUUAAUAAAGUGUAAUUAUGUAUUACCAGCAGGGUGUUUUUAACUGUGACUAUUGUAUAAAACAAAUCUUGAUAUCCAGAAGCACAUUAAGUUUGCAACUUUUUGCCACCCUGCCCAUUUUUUUUUUUUUUUUUGUAAAAUUGCAGUAAUCUUGGACCUUUGAAAAAAACAAAACAAAAACCACACACUAUUUUAAACUCAACCAAGCUGUGAUAAGUAGAAUGGUUACUGUUUAUACUGUGGUAUGUUUUUGAUGACAGCAGACAAUGCUUUCUUUUUCCAGUUGUCUUUGAAAAUAAAAAGAAAUUUUUUUCAGAUGCAAUGGUUUUUGUGUAGCAUCAUGUCUAUCAUGUUUUUUGUAAAUACUGGAGAAGCUUUGACCAAUUUGACUUAGAGAUGGAAUGUAACUUUGCUUACAAAAUUGCUAUUAAAUUCCUGCUUAAGGUGUUCUAAUUUUCUGUGAGCACACUAAAAGCGAAAAAAUAAAUGUGAAUAAAAUGUAGAAUUUGGCUGUGUUUCUUUUUCUGGAUACUCUUGAUAGCUUAGUUGAUUACUUGUAUUGUUUAAAUUUGUAUAAAAAAGGCACUUGUUUGCCCCUUAACAUUACUCUCAAUUUGUGUAGUAUAGAUUGCAUGGCCUCCUGGCCCUAUUAAAACCUAUAUCUGGAGACAGAAGCUUUAAGGCCUUCUAAAUAGAGGUGUGAAUUGGAUUUUAAACUAGCCAUGCCAUUGUGGACACCCAAUUGGCUAAUACUGAGUUCUGGGGAGAAACUAGAUUAAGAGACCAAACGUGUUUACAACAUGUUUGCACCAGUUGACUUCAGCUAGAAUGGGUAUGUAUGUAAUCAAAUCCUCAAGGAUCGCCUUAUAGUAUAGAUGAGUUAUUUCUUAGCUUGAGUUGACUUGACACUUUAGCUGUGGUUGUUUGGAAUAUCUUGGGACUGAACCUGAGUUUUCCAACAGGGACACCAGAAUUCAGGUGUCAAGACAGCAAAAGGUCCAAUCUUACAUGCAAGUUCUUAACCAUUUUCAACAUUAUUUCAGUGCCUAACUUUAACACAAUCUGUCUGGAAGUUUGGGCUAGAGUUAAAAAAAAAAGUGUUUGUUCUACCAAAUGAAUGAGCAAUACUUUUUGUAUAUUACUCCCAACUAUACAUUAACAAAAAUUGCUAUAUUUGUCUAUAAAAGUCACUUGGUGCUUGCCUUUAACUGUUUAAAUAUUUGGGCUAAUUUCCACCUUGCUGCUCAGGGCAAAACAAGGCCUUAAUAAAACAGUAGUAGGCUUUUGUAAAAACAAAUAAUGGAGUAUUAAUGUUGUUGGAGGAUGGAAAUUGAUUCAAAGAAGCAUUGUUCCUAGGUUUAUAGAUGAAAUUUAGUGUUAACAUUUAACUUGCUUCCCUGUGUUUUUCAACUGUAACUUGCUUUAGAAGCAAUUACACUUAUUUUAUGAGCGAGUGGCACGUUAGCACCUUGUUCCCUGAAAAACAAAAUCUGGGCUGAAUGAGGUUCAAUGGAUUCCAUUCCGAAUACAUACUCUUACUCAGCUAUUCAUUUUUUUUUUUUUUUUGGCUUGUAUAUAUACUCUGGUCACCCUGGUAUUUCUCUGUAGUGUUAGAAAUGUAUUGACUAUUAUGCUUUAAAUGGCCAUGGGAUGAAAUAAAUGGAUGUAAAAUCUUC